GAUAAAUGGAAACCCUGAAGCUUAUCCUAAGAUGAGUGUAUCUUGUGAUGAGUUUAAAUAGCAAGCGAAGAUACUAAAUUCACUGUGAUGUGAAUAGAGAUUGGCCUUCCUCCUUAGCUGUUGAAGGUAUUAAAACAAAAUGGAAAACAUUUGGCUUCCUGAGUGACAUGGCUGCAGUCAACAUGCUGAGCUGGUGCUGAAGCAUGAACCCUUGAUUUUGCAACACCAGAGCAAAGCACCAGAUUGUAAACAUGGCUGUGUGGAUCCAGGCCCAGCAGCUGCAAGGAGAUGCCCUGCAUCAGAUGCAAGCCCUGUACGGCCAGCAUUUCCCCAUCGAGGUGCGCCACUACUUAUCCCAGUGGAUCGAAAGCCAGCCUUGGGACUCAAUAGAUCUUGAUAAUCCACAGGAGAACAUUAAGGCCACCCAGCUCCUGGAGGGCCUGGUGCAGGAGCUGCAGAAGAAGGCGGAGCACCAGGUGGGGGAAGAUGGGUUCUUGCUGAAGAUCAAGCUGGGGCACUACGCCACGCAGCUGCAGAACACGUAUGACCGCUGCCCCAUGGAGCUGGUCCGCUGCAUCCGGCACAUUCUGUACAAUGAGCAGAGGCUGGUCCGAGAAGCCAACAACGGCGCCUCUCCAGCCGGGAGUCUUGCCGACAUCAUGUCCCAGAAACACCUUCAGAUCAACCAGACCUUCGAGGAGCUGCGGCUGGUCACGCAGGACACGGAGAAUGAACUGAAGAAGCUGCAGCAGACUCAGGAGUACUUCAUCAUCCAGUACCAGGAGAGCCUGAGGAUCCAGGGUGAGGCGGGAGCGGGGCUGGGAAGAAGCUCAGGUCCUGUCGGGAGGGAACCAGCUGCCUUUCUCUGGAGCAUCGGGGACUCAUUUGCAUUGGGAAGAUGAGGCCUGAGAAGGGGAGAAGGCAGAGGCUUGCCUUCGGAGAGUGUGGCUCCCACUCAGGCUUCCCGUACCCAGCCAGCUCCUGGUCUUGCAGGAAGCGCUCCCAGUCAGUGGACAGCACCCAGACGGUGGUUUUGUAUGUUUUAGGUGCUGCUUUACUCUCUGAGCAGGGCCAGUUUAAGGGCUCAGGACUGUGUUUCUGGUGACAAACUUUUCAUGUUCUGCACAGCUAUUCAGAGAGGCCAUCCUGGGGCACAUCAGUUGCCUGUAGACAAAGGCCCCCCCCUUCCUGGUGGGAAUCUAGCCUGGCACUCUGGGUACAGAGAACUUCAGAGUCAGCCCAGAGGCUGUGGAGCCUCAACAGCACCCUCUGUUGUCCUUAUGGGAGCCUGGCAGUGUGGCAGUGGUUUCCUCAGAGAAGCCUUUGCUGCACAAACC